AUGGUUUCACUCGUUGCAAAGGUUAAAAAUGUCACAAGUGCUGAUUCAUUCAUUUUAAUCCCGUCCAAAACUAAUCAAUUCCCUGUUCCUGAAAGAUUAUUAACUUUAUCUAACGUCAAACCAAUUCGUGAUUUUGAAUCAAAAGAAUAUGUUAGAAAUUUAUUAAUUGGUAAGGAAAUUAAAUUCACAGUUGAAAAUAAAGUCAAUAAUCGUGAAUUUGGAGAUAUUUCAAGUCCUAUAUUUAGUUCAUUAAUUGAGUAUUUAUUAGAAAAUGGUAUUGUUAAAUUAAGAGACGCAUUACAUGAUGAAUCUGAAAAAGUACAAAUUUUGAAAAAAAUAGAAAAUGAAGCUAAGAAUAAGAAAGUUGGGUUAUGGGGUAAAUCUAAAUCAUAUGAAUCAAUUGAAUUGACUGAAGAUGUCAUAUUAAAGUCUCAAAAAACUCCAAUUAGAGUCAUUGUAGAUAAAGUUAUAAAUGGAGAUAGAAUUGUAGGUACUUUAGUUGAUGGAAAUCAUUUAGUCAAUUCUACAUUCUUAUUAGCUGGAUUAAAAUGUCCAAGAACUGAUGAUACUACAAACACAACCGUUGCUCAACAUGCUAAGAAAUUUGUUGAAGAUAAAUUAUUAACUACAAAAGUUGAAUUAACAACAACGAUAAUUGGAACCAAUCAAAAUGGAUUACCUUUAAUCUUAAUUAAUCAUCCUUCAGGUAACAAUAUAAUUGAAAAAGAAUUAGAAUUAGGUUAUGGUGAAAUUGUAGAUUGGCAAUCUUCAUUAAUUGGAUCGAAAAUAAUGAGUCAAUUUAGAAAAGCUGAACAAACUGCAAAAGCAUUAGGUAAAGGAAUAUAUGCAACUGCCACCGCAAAAACUACCACAACUACAAUUAAAGGAUUAAAACCUGGUAUUACUAUUGAUAAUGUUAUUAUUGCAAAAGUUGUAUCUGCUGAUACUUUAAUAAUUAGAUUAAAAGAUGAUUCAGAAUAUACUGUUCAAUUAGCAUCACUUAGAGCACCAAAACCAAAUGAUACAACCACAACUUCAGAUCAUUUGAAACAACAAUCAUUAGUUGCAACAGCUAAAGAUUUUGUUAGAAAUCAAGUGAUUGGUAAAUCUGGAAGUAUAUAUAUUGAUGGUUUCCGUUCGGAAAAUAAAGAUUUGAAUCUUGAAGCCAGAUUUUUAAUCAGUUUCAAGUAUGGAAAAGAUGAAGAUUUAAGUGAAUUAAUUGUUAAAAAUGGUUUUGCUACGGUUAUAAAACAUAAUAAAGCUACAACAAAUGAAAGAUCAAUGAAUUGGGAUAAAUUGAUUGAAUUAGAAGAGGUUGCAAAAUCUCAAAAGAAAGGUCAAUAUGGUGAUUUAAAUAAAUUACAAAUUAAUGGUAGGGUAAUUGAUGCUUCUGAAAAUUUGACAAAGUCAAAAACAUUCUUUAAUGGAUUUAAACAAAAGGGUAGAAUAUCUGGAUUCCAUGUUGAAUAUAUUCCAAAUGGUACUAGAUUAAAAUUAUACAAUCCAAAAGAAGGUACUAAAUUAACUUUAAUUCUUGGUGGGUUAUCAAAUGCAAAAUCUGAUCAAUUAGAAGACGCAGUUUCAUAUUUGAAUAAGAAAUAUUUACAAAAAAAUAUCGAAUUUGAAAUUUAUGAUAUGGAUAAACUUGGUGGUUUUAUUGGUAAUGUUUUCAUUAAUUCAAAUAGUUUAUCACCUAUUCAAAUUAAUUUAGUAGAGUUGGGUCAUGUCAGAUUACAUGAAUUUGCAGUCAAUUCAAAUCCAUUCGUUAAUGAAUUAAUCAAAGCUGAAGAUGCAGCAAAAGAACAACAUAAAGGUAUAUGGAAAGAUUAUAAUGAAGAAGAAAUAAAACAACAAAAUAAUGAAAACAAAUUAAAUGAAUUAAACUUGGGUCAAGAAUCUCAAAAACCAAAAUUCUUUGACAUUGAAGUAGUUGAGAUAAAUGAAUUUGGAGUUAUUUCAUUCCAUAAUUUAGAUUCUAAAAUUCAAGAAUCUUUCAGAACUUUCAAAACUCAAUUCCAACAAUUUCAUUCUCAACCACCAUCUGCAAGUUCAAAAUCUGAUUCACCAUUUAAUUUAACUAAACCACCAAAGAAGAAUGAAUUAGUAAGUGCUAAAUUUAAAGAAGAUGGGAAAUAUUACAGAGCUAAAGUUUUGAAUUAUGAUAAAUCUACACAAAAAUUUGAAAUUAAACAUGUUGACUUUGGUAACAUCGAUAAGGUAUCAUUAAGAGAAUUAAGAAGUUUACCUGAAAAAUUCAAUACUGUUAAAAUUGCACCAUUUGCACAUACUACAAUCUUACAAUCCUUAAAAUUACCACCUUCUAAACCAACAGAUUAUUUAACUGAUGCUAUAUAUGCAUUGGAAGAUUUGUUAUAUGAUAAAAAAUUAGUCAUUAAUGCAUUACCUAGCUCAAAAGAAGGUAUUGAAUACGAAUCAAUCAUAUAUGAUUCUGAUAAAUCUGUUAAAGAUCCAGACUACACAAUUAAUAAACAAUUGGUUCAAGAUGGAUGGGCAAUAGUUGAUGAAAAAGUUAACAAUAGUUAUACUAAUGAAUUAAAAACCUUACAAUCGAAAGCUAAAUCUUCCCAUCUUGGUUGUUGGGAAUUUGGUGAUAUUUCAUUUGAAGAUGAAAGUUUAUUAAGGUAA